AUGGCUACUUCCUCCUCAGAAGAGGAUCGGAAAACCUUAACAUCCACCACAGAAUCACCCUCAAAACCACAAUCACAACCACAACCACAACCACCUCCGCCAGAGGAGCCCCUGUCAGGCGGAUACCCUUAUCCUCCACCCUAUCAAGGCUACCCCCCGCAGCCUUAUCCAGCUGGCUACCCUGGCAACAACUACCAAUAUGGCGCACAACCACCGCCACACGCCUUUAUUUUACUAGGACCUCCGCAAAGAAGCCAGGCCUACAAGCUGGCUCGCGUGUUUCUUGUAAUCAUGAUAGUCCUUUUUCUAGGAAUGUCUUUGAUGAGUUUCUUAACGUGGCUCAUUUACGGCUCAGACAUCCCUGAAUUUCACGCAGAGUCAUUAGAAAUGACCGUCGUUGAUGCCAAAAACAUGGCCUCCAACACGACAUGGAGCGCCAAUGUGAGUGUCAGGAACCCGAGCCAGAAGUACGAGGUAUCGUAUGAUUAUGUGGAGGCCACACUGGUUUACGAAGAUCAUCUGUUGGACACAGAUUACGCGGAUCCAUUUGUGUUGGGGAAAAAAGAAAAGAGAACAUUCGGGUCCAAGUUUCAGACUCCGAAUGCGAAUCAGAAGAACAUAGUAGGAGCCACGUGGAUGACGGAGAUCGAGAAUGAACGACGGCAUAGAGGAGAGGUUGCUUUCGAUUUGAGAAUCAUUGUGAAUGUUGUGUUCCGGAGGCGUGAUUAUGAUCAUACUCUGAGCCGAAAGCUGAAAGUGUUCUGCGGAGGAUUGAAGGUUGUGUUUCCAUCUACGGCGGAUACAGUUGGGAGAAUGGACGAUGGUUCAAAAGAAUGUUUGAUAUUGAGUACCUAG